UAGUAAUUCCGUUACCUCACCCUCACUAAAGUCCUUCCCUUCCCUGCUCACUCGCAAUGCGGGAGAUGCUUUAUACUUCCUCACACCUGUAACGCCGCACCAGGCCGCGGCACGCACGCUUCGGCUAGCGCUGCGCUACGCUACAGAAUCUCCAUUUCCAGCCAGCUGCGCCGCGCUUGGCUCUGCUCUGCUCUGCGCUCGCCGCUCUUCUCCGUCUCCUCCCUCCCAGAUCCAUUCUUUCCCGUGCUCACGCUUCCCCUGCGGUGAGACAGAGCAGGGAGAGGCUGGGCGCGGGGUGAGCGGGAGGGCAAAGAACCAUGGCUUCUCGUGUUGUUGCCGUGAUUCUUGCCGUCCUUGCGGGAGCAAGCGCCGCCCAUGGCUCGGAGCCGUGGUGGAACGAGACGCAGGUGUACGGCACCAACGCCAACUCCGGCGGCAGCACCGGCGUCUUCGUUGGCCUGACACUCAUCCAGUCGGCGGCCGCCAAGGGAGCCGUGUGCUUGGAUGGAAGCUUACCGGGUUACCACCUGCACCGAGGGUUUGGAUCAGGAGCAAACAGUUGGCUUGUCAACCUGGAGGGUGGAGGCUGGUGCAAUGAUGUUAGCAGCUGUGUGUUCCGCAAGGGCAGUCGCCGUGGGUCGUCAAAUCACAUGGAGAGGCAGCUCCAGUUUACUGGGAUAAUGAGUAACAGACCUGGGGAGAAUCCUGAUUUCUACAACUGGAACAGAGUGAAGGUCCGGUACUGUGAUGGUGGAUCCUUCACUGGUGAUGGUUCUAAUGCGGCUGCAGGCCUUUAUUUCCGAGGUCAGCGCAUUUGGCAGGCUGCUAUGGAUGACCUGAUGGCCCAAGGAAUGCGUUAUGCUAAUCAGGCCCUUCUUGCUGGAUGCUCUGCUGGUGGUGUUUCUACCAUACUUCACUGUGAUGAAUUCCGUGGGCUGUUUCCAUCAAAUACCAGAGUCAAAUGCCUGGCUGAUGCUGGAAUGUUUCUUGACACUGUUGAUGUUCGGGGUCGUCGGGAAAUGAGAUCCUUCUUCGAUGGCAUUGUGAGAUUGCAGGGUUCUGGAAGAAGUUUGCCUAGGUCUUGCACCACCCACAUGGACAAAACCUCGUGCUUUUUCCCGCAGAAUGUGGUGCCAAACAUCCAGACCCCAACUUUCAUUUUGAACACUGCCUAUGAUGUGUGGCAGCUUCAACAAAGCGUGGCCCCCAAAACCGCUGACCCCCAAGGUCUAUGGUCAAAAUGUAGGACGAACCAUGCCUAUUGUAAUAGCAAUCAACUUCAGUUUUUACAAGGUUUCAGGAACCAAAUGCUUGAUUCUGUGAGGGGUUUCUCUGCAUCAAGGCAAAAUGGCAUGUUCAUCAACUCAUGUUUUGCUCACUGUCAGAGCGAGAGGCAGGAUACAUGGUAUGCAAACAACUCACCACGUCUCGGUAACAAGAGAAUUGCUGAAGCUGUCGGGGACUGGUUCUUGGAGAGGGGAGACGCGAAGUACACUGACUGCGCAUACCCUUGCGAUAACACCUGCCAUCAUCUCGUCUUCAGGGGAGACCAUUAAGACUAAUUAUUCUUUGCCGCCCACGAUUCGGAUGGCGAAAGGAACAUACCCCCAAAGGGUAUAGAAUCAAAAGUUGGAAACAAGGUACAGAUAUAGAGAGGGUGCAGGCGUCCUUGCUUGCUCUUUGUUCGUCACUUGAUCACACGAUAUGAUUGAUAGGGCAGGGGCCUCGCCCGCAAAUGCGAGGAGGUCCCUGCGUUAGCUUCACAUACCAUGAUGUCGAUUCUUUUCCAUUGAACACAUCAUUCAUCAUGUGCCCGAACAUUUAGACCCGAACAUUGAGACCCUAUCAGUGAACUGUAUGUCUGUAUGAAGUUAUAUAUUCAUGUAUGAAACUUGAUAGUAGUAUGGAGGAAAAUUGUGCGCGGAAGUACCACAGA